AUGAAUGCUUUAAUGACGUUUACGAUGAUGUUUUUAUUAAACGUGAUCAAAACAACCGGUGAUUGUCCGAGAUACUGCGAAUGCAAGUGGAAAAGUGGUAAAGAAUCCGUUUUGUGCACAAAUGCAAACAUGACGGAAAUACCAAAACAACUUGAUUCCGGUACUCAAUUAUUGGAUUUAACCGGAAACGCACUUUUAACAAUCGGUUCCGAUGAAUUUUUCAACGCGAGUUUAUUAAAUUUACAAAAAAUUUUUUUAUCAAAAUGCAGACUUCGGUUUCUUGAAAAAUCUUCUUUUCGUAAAAUAAUCAAUUUGGUCGAGUUGGAUUUAAGUUAUAACGAAUUACAUUCCGUUCCGAGUCACACGUUCGAAUUCAUAACCGAAUUAAGGGAACUCAGAUUGAACGGGAAUCCAAUCAUAAGAGUGUUGAAUAACGCGUUUAAAAUGGUGCCUCGUUUGACGAAAUUAGAUUUGUCCGAAUGUCGAAUUGGUUACGUCGAAAUAAAAGCUUUCCAAGGACUAGAAACUUCUUUAGAAUGGUUAAAAUUAGAUAAGAAUAAAAUUAUGAAUAUAAAACCUUAUGCACUCGUAACCCUUGGAAAUUUACACGGUUUAGAAUUGUCGGGAAAUCCGUGGAAUUGUUCUUGCGGUUUGAGAACAUUACGGGAAUGGAUGUUGAGACAAAACGUACCCUACAGCAUACCGCCGGUUUGCAAACAUCCGUCGAGACUAUCGGAAAAAAAUUGGGAUAAAUUGGAUUUGGAUGAAUUCGCAUGCGUUCCGAGAAUAGAAGCGGAAUCAUAUGAGAAAAAUGGAGAAGAAGGAACAAAUGUGACAUUAAGUUGCAUUGUUCACGGUAUUCCAGAGCCGAAAGUUCGAUGGUUGAGAAAAAAUCAUCCCAUAGCCAAUUUAUCCACUUCCGGCGGAAUAGAUGGUAAACCGAAAUUAUAUUCCGUCGAAAUUGGGAGAGAGACGAGCAAUCUAACCAUCCACUCGGCAGAUAGUCAAGAUAAUGGGGUGUACGUUUGCAGAGCGGAAAACAAAGCAGGAAAAUCGGAAGCAAACAUAACUCUUACGGUCGUUAUAAAACCCAUAGUGAGAAUAUGGUCUUCUAGAAUGAUUGCCGCCGUGGGAGUAGUAUCCCUAUUAUUUAUUAUUGUCGUAGGUUUGCUCACAUUUUGUGCCUGGAGUUCGAGAAAAAGAAAAUUUGAUUUUCGUCACACGGUCGGCGGAAGAGAAUACGAUUCGGACGGCUACGAAAUGAAUCAUAAAAAGCCAAUAAAUUAUAAUAAAAUCGUGGAUUACGGAAAUCACUGUAGAUCUAAUUCCACGUCAAAAACUUAUAAAAUCACAGUUUUUAAUAAUCCCUGA